CACUUGAAGAGUUCCAACAGUCAGGACUGAGACAACUGUAGGCAGGAAGUACACGUCAUUUGAAAGUGAAACUUUUGUCCCCCUCCUCCUCUCGCACGCACAUGCAGGAUGACAGACGCACAGUUCAUGAACGUCUACGACAACAGUGAGUUCAACCUGAUGCCGUAUGACUACAUCCCUCCUGUGGACAUCAAGACUGAGGCCUACAUACCUGAAACAGCGCACGGCCCUUACAUCCAAAUCAUCGAGGAACCCAAACAGCGUGGAUUUCGCUUUCGUUAUGAGUGUGAGGGUCCGUCCCACGGUGGUCUGCCGGGAGCAUCCAGCGAGAAGAACAGAAGAACGUACCCCACAGUCAAGAUCAACAACUAUGUGGGUCACGCCCGUGUGGAGGUCCAGCUGGUCACCCACACUGAGCCCCCCCGCGUGCAUGCGCACAGUCUGGUGGGACGGCACUGCAACGAGAACGGCACGUGCACGCUCGACAUCGGUCCCAACGACCUGACUGCCUCUUUCAGUAACUUGGGCAUCCUCCAUGUGACCAAGAAAGGCGUCGUGGAGGUUUUGACGCGAAGGCUGCGAGAUGAGUGGAGGCGACAGAGAGGAGGCCACGCCCACCUGACAGAGUCAGAGGAGAGUGCGGUGCUGAAGGAGGCCAAGGAGCUGUCCAAGGUGAUGGACCUCAACAUCGUGAGGUUAAAGUUCACCGCCUUCCUCAAGGACAGCAACGGCGGAUUCAGCCGAGCGCUGAAGCCCGUCGUGUCCAACGCCAUCUACGACAGCAAGUCUCCCAACGCGUCCAACCUGAAAAUCUCUCGUAUGGACACGACGUGCGGCUCUGUGCUCGGAGGAGACGAGAUCUUCCUGCUGUGCGACAAAGUACAGAAAGACGACAUCGAGAUCCGCUUCUACGAGGACGAGGAGGGCGGCUGGGAAGCCUUCGGCGACUUUGCACCCACGGACGUGCACAAGCAGUACGCCAUUGUCUUCAAAACGCCGCCCUAUCACAGCGCUGAGAUCGAGCGUCCCGUGACCGUUUUCCUGCAGCUGAAGAGGAAGAAGGCGGGCGACUGCAGCGACCCCAAACACUUCACGUACAUCCCGCACGUGCAGGACAAAGAGGAAGUGCUGAGGAAGAAGCAGAAGCCCCUCCCACACCAUGAACCCUGGCCAGGGGGCGGGGCAAGAAGAGGAGGAGGAGGAGCUGGUGGUUUUGGAGGGGGAGGGGCGGGGGGCGAAGGCUUUCACUUCAAUCAACACAUGAACGGUGCGGCGGGAGGCGGAGGAAGAGGAGGAGUUUUCCCUCCAGGAAACUUUAUGGGCUUUUGCGGAGGAGGCGGGGGGGCCCAGAUGUCAGGCUCCGCCCCCCAGCAGUCGCAGAGACAGCUGUCCCACAUGGUCGCCGCCCUCCACGCCCGAGCAUCUCGCGGCGCCCGGCAGACGGCUGCCGCCCUCCUGCAGUACUGCACCAGCGGUGACGCGCGGGUCCUUGUGGAGGUCCACAGACACCUGUGCAGCAUUCGGGACACCAACGGAGACACUCCUUUGCACCUGGCCGUCAUCUAUCAGCAGACAGGUGUCAUCCAACAGCUGACUGACACGUUGCUUAGAAACCAGCAGACGCACGUCUUCAACGCCACCAACCACCUGCAGCAGACGCCGCUCCAUCUGGCGGUCAUCACCCGACAGGCCAAGGUGGCGGAGAUGCUGCUGAGGGCAGGGGCCGACCCCACCCGGCUGGACAAAGACGGGCGCAGCCCCCUGCAUCUGGCGGCGCUGGCCGGAGACAGCGCCACGCUCCGGCCCUUAUUGGCUCACCUCGGGGAAGGCCACGCCCACCUGUUGACAUUGCCUGAUUACCACGGUCUUCACCCGCUCCACCUGGCCGUGCGCAGGGACGGCGAGCGCUGCCUUCGCUUGCUGGUGGAAGGCGGAGCCAAAAUCAACGCGCCCGAAUUGAAGGGCGGUCACACGGCGCUGCACCUGGCCGUCAGAGAGAACCUCUUCAAGACGGCCUGCGUUCUCAUCACCGAGCUCAAGGCGGACGUGAACGCGCGCACGUUUGGAGGAAACACGCCUUUACACCUGGCGGCCGCCGUGCACUCGCACACGCUGUGCUCCAUGCUGGUCGCUGCUGGCGCUGACAAGGAGGCGGAGAACGACGAACCGCUCGUAUUCAGCUCGUCCUCCGAUGAGGAAGAAGAUGUCGCAAAGGCCGCCUCGCCGUCAGUCACGUGUCGCAAGAGACUAGUGGGCGGGCACACGCCGCUGGACCUGGCCAAGUGUCACAAGGUGAGGAAGCUGCUGUCCUCCACAUCCUCCCGUCCACUCGGAAAAAAGGUCAAAGGCGACGCCGGUCAAGGGGCGGAGUCUAGUUGUCUGGACCAGGAGACACUGACCCGCCUGCUCCACGUGCUGAGUGGCUCCGACAUUCCGUGGAGGAAGUUGGCCGAGAAGCUGGGAAUGAUGACGCUGACUCACUUGUACCAGGACAGCCCCGCCCCCUGCCAGCACCUGCUGCAACACUACCAGCUCGGCGGCGGUCCUCUCGAAGGUUUACGCCAAGCUCUUCAGUCCCUCGGCUUGACGGAUGGAGCGCGACUGCUAACGAGCGCCGCCGAGCGUCCUGGCGACAAGCACGACACAGAGUCUACGGUGGACAGCGGCUUCAGCAGUCAGCCAGUGGAGGACGAGCAGCCGCCUGUGGCCAAUCAGUGAGCAGCAGGAAGCACGACUUGUCUCGUCAUCAGUUCAGAGGACACAAAAAACAGCAAAAUGCAUGAAAGUAAGAUGAAAAUGAUCUUCCUAUUUUAAUAUUAUUAUUAUUAUUAUUAUUGGAUCUUUCCGUUGUCAUGUUUCCGUGGUGAAUAAUAAUAAUGAAUAAAGUGUCCUAAAGGUGCAGUUCACUUCCUGUCCUGCAGGGGGCGGGGGUGGACAAUCCUCAAAA